AUGGGGGUUUAUUCUCAAUCAUUGAGGAAACUGUGGAAGGAGUGGAACGUUCGAACACUUGUUUUAGUAAGCCUUACAUUUCAAGUAGUUCUUAUAUGUUUUGGCAGUCGUAGAAAGUAUAAUCGUAAGCGAUGGAUCAGAAUUGUGGUUUGGAGUGCAUACUUAGCAGCAGACUCUAUGGCCACUCUUGCUUUGGGUGCAAUCUCAAGCGAACUGCUAGAAAUUUAUGACAAUUCUGGCAAAGUGAAUCCAGAUGUUGAGCUAAAUGCAUUCUGGGCACCAUUUCUGUUGCUGCACUUGGGUGGCCCUGAUACCAUUACUGCCUAUGCUUUGGAAGACAAUGAGUUGUGGUUGAGGCACCUUCUUGGACUAUUUUUCCAUACAGGAGUCGCAGUUUAUGUCUGCCUCCUAGCAUGGACAAGGUCUCGUCUUUCACUUCUAGUCAUUCUGAUGAUUUUGGUUGGACUUUUUAAGUAUGGGGAAAGAACAUGGGUACUUUGGCGUGCCAGUAGCGAGCAGCUGGAGAAAUUCCCCUCAAUCAAAGAAGAAAACAAACUGGUUCAUGAUGAAAAUAUUUCUCAUGCUGAGGAGGCUAGCGUUUCUCAAGAAAGUAUAAUAAGUGUGGCUUACCGGUUGAUUGGCCUUUACAUGCCUAACAUAGUACGCGCACAACAUGGUACAAACCUGUAUGGAGAUGUAUUGGACUUCAUACGAGAAGCACCAGCUAAAAUCAUUAGCAAACUAAUUGAAGUAGAAGUUGGGUUCAUGUACGAUUUGCUUUACACCAAGGCAAGAGUGGUGUAUACUCCAUGCAGCUUAGCCUUGCGGGUAAUCAGUUUCUUUGUAACUUGCAUCGUACAUGUGCUCUUCUCUAUUGGAGUAACUCAAAAGAAUAGUUACUCCAAGGUUGAUGUUGCAAUAACUUUUGUACUGCUAGUUGGUGCUAUUAUAAUAGAUCUAUAUGCUGCAUUUGCUCUACUUUCCUCGAAUUGGACUACAGCUUUGUUGUAUUCACCUACCCAGGAGAACUCUUGCUGCCAAGCCAUUGCUUACUGCCAAAAGUACUUGAACAAAAGUCCAUUGUGGUCUAACUCAAUUUCUCAAUUCAGUCUGUUACGCUUCUGCUUUGGAGAAAAACAUGUCAGAUUUGGUCGUGUCCUGAAACACUUCCAUAGAUUUCAAAAGAAACUGGAGCAACAAGAGUCUACAACUUACACAGGAGUUACGGAUACUUUGAAGGGACAUAUUAUCCGUAAAGCGCAGCAGAAAUCUCAAACUCAACCAGACCUAUUGCAAGGAAAUGCGAACGAUGUACUACAGAGGAACAGUUGUAGUGAGGAACUCAAUCCAUACAAAGGGGGAGAUAUCAACGAGAGAGUCAUUGUCUGGCACAUUGCUACUGAACUUAGUUACUACUUGGAAGAUGAAGAAGAAGCAGCAGCAGCCGCUGCAGGAAACGUUCAAUCAGAGCAGCGUGAAAUCAGUCUUCAGAUUUCGCAAUAUAUGUUGUCUCUCUUGGCCAUAUAUCCCUCCAUGUCGUCAGCAAAAGUGGGUGCGGAUUUAUUUGAGAACACUUGUAGUUUUGCCAGUAACAUUUAUAAAGAAAUGUCUAAAGCCAGAUUCAACAACAUUUCACUACCGAUUAGAAAACCAGAUGAUUUCUAUCAAAAAAAAAAGAAAACCAGAUGA